AUGCAUCUCUUUACAGCCCUCACGGCGCUACUCCUCGCCUCGCCAGCAAUAUGCGCCAGGACAUCUGAGAACCCACCAGGCAAAAAUGCCAUCCUACUCUCCAACGUCGAUGCCUUGACACUCCGAGCAAACCGCAUGACCACUUCCCGCCGAGUCUCGCCCAUGCCACAACUCACCUGUACCGGGCCCUCGAAGAAAAUAUGCGCCAUGUACCCGAUCGAAAUAAUGCGCUGCAAGAAUGAAGGCUACGACUACGACGCGGAAGACGUACAAUGGACAUGCGUCGCCUCUUUACCGGCAGAAUUCAAGCUCGGCUCCACCGACGUCGUGUGUGAAGGAUACCGCAACGCAGAUGACAAGUGGGUGCUCAAGGGCAGCUGUGGUGUCGAGUACCGGAUGCUUCUGACCGAGCUGGGAGAAGAGAAGUAUGGGAAGCAAACUAACAGUAACAUCGGUAUAAUGGGCUGGUUUGAAACCAUCUUCUUCUUCGGGUUCAUCGCCGUUGUCUUCCUUAUCAUCUUCGCCGCUGCUACUGGAAUUGGCGGGAACCGGAGACAACAAGAGCGACGAGGAUGGGGAGGAUUCUGGGGCGGCGGUGGAGGCGGUGGUGGUGGAUAUCCUCCUGGACCACCACCUCCUUAUAGUCGCUUCUCUGAUAGCCGCUUCUCUAGUAGCAGAGACUCGGAUAGCAAGAGCUGGAAACCGGGUUUCUGGACAGGUGUGUUGAGUGGCGCGGCGGCUGGAUACGGGAUGGGACGACGUUCGGGUAACGGGGGCAGAUCAAAUAAUUACGACAAUGGCGAGGGCAGCUCGCGGUCUGCUCGUUCGCCAGGGUUCUCGUCCCCAACGUCUAGCACUGGGUUUGGAUCGACCAGACGUCGUUAG